AUGCUCCGUGUGCUUGGUCAGCGUCUUCUGUCACGUGGAGACUUAGUCCACACUUCGCGCUUCUUCUACGCGUCAGUCACUGUACUUCACGGACAACAGUCUAAUCAUACGAACAAUACCACGAAUGUGAACAUCAAAUUUAAGCUACGUGACGACACUCUCAAGGAAGUGAAAGCCAAGACGGGUAUGUCCAUUUUGGACGUAGCACAUGCCAAUGAUAUUGAUCUUGAGGGUGCAUGCGAGUCAUCUAUGGCCUGUUCCACCUGUCACGUGAUUCUUGAAGAUUCCGUAUUUGACAAGCUGGAAGAACCGUGUGAAGAUGAAGAAGAUAUGUUGGACAUGGCUUUUGGACUAACGGAUACGUCCAGAUUAGGGUGCCAAGUUGUCGUACAAGAAACAUUUGAGGGUACAAUCGUGACGCUUCCUAAAGCCACGCGCAACUUUUACGUCGACGGUCACGUCCCAAAGCCUCAUUAA